AUGGUUCAUCUCGCAGCAGUUCGAAGGGAAUCAAUUCGACCUAUCCAGCGCAUCGAAACUAUUCCCCUUGAGGAGCUGGAGCCUCAGGAGCAUGACUUUUAUUCCAGCGUCUAUGGCUCUCGAUUCAUAGCGGAGUUGGAGAUGCCGGAGAAAGAGAUGCCCAGGGAGGUGGCAUAUAGAAUGAUUAAGGACGAGUUGAGUCUGAAUGGGAAUCCAAUCUUGAAGGGCUUAAAGUGCUGAUUUCGGGAAGGUAUAGCUUGGCAAGAUUUGCUACUACCUACGCUGUGCAUGGUAAGAGAUCCAAGAUAUAGCUUAUCCAAGCUAUAAGGAGAACCCAGAUGAUCUUGGAUAUAGUUUCUGCUCGUUUGAUCCGGAUACUAAUAUUCUAUCUCGAAAUACAGGAGGAAGAGGCGGAGAAGCUCAUGACUGAAUCCUUCAGCAAAAAAUUCAU